GCGACGGCGGCGCGCGACGCGAAGUUUGGCUCACAGGGACGGAAUCGAACCUCACAGGAGGAUCUCUCCGUGAGCGACGCGGCGCCGAGGGAAGUGCGCGCACGUUUCGUGGCGCGAAAAGGAGAGCGCCCCGCUCUUUUGCCGUCAAAAAACCAGGGUUUGUAAUUUCUCGGCGGAGGCGCGCAACGAUGGCGGCCAAGCCGGAGCAAAAGGAGACGGAGAUGGUCAAGGACGAGCGUGAGGACUCCGGCGACUGGCUGGCGGACAUCUUUGACGCGGCCGACGAGGGCGUGAUCACGUCCCUGGAGAUGUCAGAGAUGUCCCUCCCGCAGGAGACCAUUGCGGCCUUGGAGGCCGAAGGGAGUGGCGCCGCGUGUGCGCCCGGAUCGAAUGAGAAGAGGGGGCGGGAAGAGGGUGGGCGCGAGUCGGCGAAGAAUAAAAAGUCACGACGCGAGAAGUUGCGAAGGGAGGCGCUGAACGACAGGUUCAUGGGACUGAGCGCGCUGCUCGACCCCAACGGGGCCGGGCCCCUCAAGACGGAUAAGGCGACGAUAGUGACGGAGGCCGCGGUGGUGAUCAAGAGACUGCGUGAAGAGCUGGCGAAGCUGUCCGCCACGCUGGAGACAUUGCAGAAGACCAAUGCCACUCUAGAGAAAGAGAAGAGCGGUCUGGCCGCGGAUAAGGCUGCGCUGCAGCAGGACAAGGCGAAGCUCGAGCACCAGCUGCACUGCUUCAUGAGCAGCAUGCCAUUUGCGUCGCCCCCACCUGGCGCGGCGUUUGCGCCGGUGCCCGGGCCCUUCCACCCACCGGGAGCAGCGGGUGCGGUGGUGACGCAGCAAAACGGCGGUGCGGUCAAGCUCGCACCAAACCAACCCGCGGGAGGGAUGAUGCCGGUUAUGUGGAGCCUUCCCCCCCUCGUCGUGCACACCACAACCGCGGAGGAGGAUGCAAGGUUGCACGCCCCUUGUGCUUAGGCCACAGUCACUCCAUGACUUUCAAUACCUAUCAAACAUAUGUAGCG